UCCCUCCUUUUGGCGAGCUCCUUUGAUCCUCGCGGGAUUUCAGUUCGGCUCUUAGUGCGGGCCCUGUGGGUGUGACAAGAGGAAGAAUGACUGGUCGCUUUGUGAUUCUUGUUCCGGAACUUGUUACCCAGGGACCCCGGAAGAGGUAGCUCGGGCGAUAGAAACGUGUUCGCUGCCCAGAAGAAGGGAAGGCGCGAGUGAGGAAAGGAGGUACUGUAGUUACACUUCCGGAAAAUUCAGUAUGGACAGUCUCUGACUUAGGAUUUUUCAACUUUACGAUGGUAUGAAAGCAAUAUCCAUUCAGUAGAAACUGUACUUGGAGUUUUGCAUUUUGGUCUUUUUCUGGCCUAGUGAUAAUGUGGUACAGUACACUUUUGUGAUGCUGGGCAGUGGCAGUGAGCCACAGCUCCCAGUCACCCAUGUGAUCACGAGGGUAAACAACCCAUUCUCUGCAUUAUACUGUGUUGCCAGCUUUUUUGGAUAUUGUGUUUUGUGUUUUCACAUUCCAUCAUGUCUACAAAAUGUCCAUCAGUGUCUCCUGUUCCUGGUGAGACGAAGAAGAGGAAGGCAAUUACUCUUGAAAUGAAACUCAAGAUAAUUGCCCAGCAAGAAGGUGGCAAGCCAGUAAUGGCCAUUGCACGUGAGUUAGGACUUUCGCAAUCCACAAUUUCAACCAUCUUAAAGGAUAAGAAAUGAAUCCGUGAUGCAGCGAAAUCGUCAGCAUCAAUUAAAUCUACUGUUAUCACAAAGAAAAGAGCUGGGCUGAUUGAUGAUAUGGAAAAAUUACUUGUUAUAUGGAUGGAAGACCAGCUACAGAAGCAUAUACCACUUAGUGUACUGAUGAUCCAGGCUAAGGCAAGAAGUCUUUUUAAUAUGCUAAAAGACCGUGCCAGUGAUCCUACAUAUACACAAAUGUUUAAAGCAAGUCAUGGAUGGUUCCAGCGCUUCAAAAGAUGUCAUAAUUUUCACAGUGUGAAGGUCAGUGGUGAGGCAGCACAUGCUGGCAAUGAAGGUGCUGUAGCUUUUAAGAAACAGGUACAUAGAAUAAUUGUGGCUGAAGAUCUUUGCAAUAAGGAGCUUAUUGAACUGGAGGAAGAAAGAAGUAAAGGAAUUAAGGCAGUGGAAGAAGUGAAACCCACGGCACCUAGAAAGUUCACAGCAAAGAAACUGGCAGAGGCAUUUGCUGCUAUCAGCAGUGGCCUGCAGAUGUUAGAAGGAAUGGAUGUCAAUUACGAGAGAUUCGCUACAGCUGACAGGCAGAUACAGGAUGCUCUUGCUUGCUACAGAGAGAUAUAUAAUGAAAAGAAGAAACAAGCUGUACAGUCAAAACUUGGUAUCUUCCUGAAGAACAACACUAUGCUUGCUAAACCAUCAACUAAUGUUGAUGUCUCAAUGCCUUCCACCACCUAUUCUCGAUGUUCAUCAGAAGAGAGGGAAAUUGAGGACCCUAUUGCUAUAGCAUCCCCAUCAUCCAGCAAUUAAUGCUAUUUCAGUGCUUCAAACAUUUUUCAGGACCACUGUGCUUUCAAGCUGUGUACAAUAAUGAUGCCCUUCAAAUCCUUGGUUAUGGAAUAUUUGGCUCAUCCCAGUGCACUCAGCUUGGCUGUUGGAGUUGCCUGUGGCAUAUGCCUGGGCUGGAGCCUCCGAGUACGCUUUGGGAUGCUCCCCAAAAGCAGGAUGAGCAAGACACACACAGAGACUGAAACUGAAGCAAGCAUCUUGGGAGAAAGUGGGGAGUACAAGAUGAUUCUUGUGGUUCGAAAUGACUUAAAGAUGGGAAAAGGGAAAGUGGCUGCCCAGUGCUCUCAUGCCGCUGUUUCAGCCUACAAGCAGAUUCAAAGAAGAAAUCCUGAAGUGCUCAAACAGUGGGAAUACUGUGGCCAGCCCAAGGUGGUGGUCAAAGCUCCUGAUGAAGAAACCCUGAUUGCAUUAUUGACCCAUGCGAAAAUGCUGGGACUGACUGUAAGUUUAAUCCAAGAUGCUGGACGUACUCAAAUUGCACCAGGCUCUCAAACUGUACUAGGAAUUGGGCCAGGACCAGCAGACCUAAUUGACAAAGUCACUGGUCACCUAAAACUUUACUAGGUGGACGUUGAUAUGACAGCCCCUCUAUCACAGGUGUUUGAAGCCUGUCAAAUUCUGACAAAAGCUGAAUUUCUUCUUCCAACUUAAAAAUGUUCUUGAGAUGAAAAUAAAACCUAUUCCCAUGUUCUGUGCUUGGCAGUUAGAGUUGUCAUCUUGAGCUUAAAAACAGUACUAUUGGUUAAGUGGUCUUGGUGGUUCAAGUGACAGGCUGAAACAGAUACUUAAGAUGAGAGAAACAGGUCAUGA